AGCCGCGCGCACAGCGGGGAGAGAGAGAGCACGUGACACCAUGACGAGCGACGGGCUGUCGCACAGCGGGAUGCGGGUGACAGAAGUGGAAGAGUUCCUGAAAAACCCUCCGGCCGGUUUCUCCGUGGAGGUCCUCUGCUCGGGUUACCGAGUGCACAGCGACCCGGAGAGCAGCCUGGUGCUCAUCGAGGACUUUGACUCCCGCAGGGGGAGAAUAGUCUUCGAGCAGUCCCUGGGAAGGAAGGUUAAGAUGCAGAAUUUAUGGGAAUAUAGCUCCAUGAGGAAAAGUCUUGUGUCCAAGUGGAUCUAUCUGCACAUGUCUGCCUGCGAAGAAAACUCCUCAGUGGCCGACGAAGCCAGAGUGCUGGAGCACUUUGUGGUUUGCAUAGACGGCAACAAUCCCUUCAUCAAGUGGCAGAUGGAGAGAGGCCUGGACUGGACCAUCUCCUCGGUGGCGGGGGAAAGUUACAGCGUGGAUGUUGACUUGACUGAACCGCUGGAGAGCUGGGCAGCAAUAAACAUCCACAUGAUAAAUGACAAACUGCUAAAAGUCAAACCCGUGUGGAGAGAUGCCUCCUUCACCCUCAAAUACCAUUCUGACGCCCUCUUUGACUUCCCACACUGGUUUGGCUUCAGCAAAAGAAAGUUUAAUCUGAGACUGAAGUGAGCCAGCAGUGGACGGAGAGCAAGACAAAAUUGAAUUCAUUUAAGUUUUGGGGUGGAGUCGGUGUCUUGUUCCUCAAGAAAUCCUCUUGAUCAGCAGACGGAUUGUUUGUAACCGAGCAGCCUGCUUCUUGGGGUUGCAGUAACUAUCUCUCCAUGGCUGAUGGGUCCAGAUACUUCUCAUGUCCAGUGGGUGGACACGACUGACGAGGACAUUUCCUAUGCCAGGAAUAUUGUGUAAGCACAUUUUGUGUCUAAUUAUGUCUUUUGAAAUGGGAUUUGCUAGAAAAUUGCACAUGCUUGUGGGCUUUUGUACCAAGGAAUCAGCAUUUGUUUACGAGAAGCUUUAUUUUUACCAAACACAAUAAAAA